AAGGUUAACGCACGUAGCAUCACGAACAUUUCACUGUCACUUCCGCAACCUUCUUUCCCUUUCAUCAUCAAAUAAUAAUAAAAAAAUAAAUAUACAAUAAAAUACUAACCUCAACAACAAUCACUUCAUUCGUACGAUUCCAUCAUAGAUCUCGGAUUCGCUUGAUUCUUCGCUCCGGGUUUAUUUCGUGCGCCUUCACCAUGGAUGCUUCUUCGGUGUCCGAAUUUGAUUAUUUGUUCAAGCUGUUGAUGAUCGGAGAUUCAGGCGUUGGUAAGAGCAGUCUUCUGUUGAGUUUCACUUCCGAUACGUUCGAAGAACUUUCUCCUACUAUUGGGGUGGAUUUUAAGGUAAAACAUGUUACGCUUGGAGGAAAGAAGUUAAAGCUUGCUAUUUGGGAUACCGCUGGACAGGAAAGAUUCAGAACUUUAACCAGUUCAUAUUAUAGAGGAGCACAGGGAAUUAUAAUGGUUUAUGACGUAACCCGAAGAGAGACAUUCACAAACUUAUCUGAUAUAUGGGCAAAGGAAAUUGAUCUCUACUCAACAAAUCAAGAUUGCAUCAAGAUGCUUGUUGGUAAUAAAGUUGAUAAGGAAAGUGAGAGGGUUGUAACAAAGAAAGAAGGAAUCGACUUUGCAAGGGAAUAUGGAUGCCUUUUUAUUGAAUGUAGUGCAAAAACACGGGUCAAUGUGGAGCAAUGUUUUGAGGAACUUGUUUUAAAGAUCUUGGAUACACCUAGUUUGACUUCUGAGGGGUCAACUACCGUGAAAAGGAACAACAUAUUUAGCCAAAAGCCUCCAGUUUCCGAUGACUCGACCAAUGGAUGCUGCUGAAGUUUAAGUUGAAGGUGGUCUUUGUGUCCAUGUAACCCUUUUUUUUCAGGUUUAAAGCUUUUGUAUUCUAAUGUUGAUCAUGAAUGUAAAUUUUAUAUUAUGGGAUGUUUCUUGUAUUAUCUUUCUUUCAUUUAAAAAGAUCUUGGAAUGAUAGUCAACUUUGAUA